GAUAAAACCACGUAGAAUUUUUGGACAAUUUGCAAGCUAUAUGCACCUGUCCGAUUUCUGCCAGGUGAGGUUGCAAAUCUUAAACGUAUCCCUGAAUUUUAAUUCCCUACAAGCACCAACCAUUAUAAAUAGCCCAUAAACAGGCUUAGUGUUGCCUUGUCUACAAACCUACUAUCUGCACGCCCGUUACAUUCCGAGGAAACCUCUACCGUCAUUCUUAUUCAGAACGAACACUGCAAGCAAAGAAAGGAGCAAAAUCAAAAUGCCAAGAGCUUUUCUCGUGCGAACGAAGCCUGCUGUAAUUUCCAGCGAUGUUUCUCCGCAGGGUGUUGAGACAGGAAAGGAGCAAGGUAAAUACAGUACUGAACAGGUUGUGAUUUUCUAGGGUUCGGCUUCUUGUAAUGAUUUGCUCACUUCACAGUUAACUUCUCCUGGUACCUGCUUAAAGUUACGCAUCAUAGAUCUCAUUUUCCCUAACUCAUCAGAGCAGAUUUGGCGCUCUUCUGUGAUUAACACGCCAAUUUGCUAAAGAGAAAAGAGAAUUUUAAAUCAUGUCUAUUUAAUUAUGAUCCGCAGUUGAUUUAUUUUGUAUAUGUUUAGAUUCAAUAAUGUGCCUACUUGGUUUUGUCUGUUGUUUAGAAAAGCAAAACAGUUCUCUGCCCGAAACUGAAACCUUCGGGUUAUCGCCGACAAAAACGGAUGAAGAUGCGAUCGCUGCACAAGAAAUUUCUAAAAAUGGCUGCGAUUCUGAUGCUACUUCAAAUAGCGAGACAGAAUCGGAAGGUAACUUCAACUUAUUUUUUCCAGUAUAUUUUAUGAGCUGGUAUCUUAUUUAGCUGAUCUUUUAAAACCCUAAGACAAAAUAACUUUAGGGUAGCCUGUUAUAAAAGACAAUCACAGCGUUUAACUUGAGGCUACUAAACUAAAUUCAAACAUCUGGAUAAUUUACACUAAAGAAAUAUCUGUAAACGGUUCAACUGAGCUUUAUAUGACGCGCAAUCCAUGCUCUAAUUUUAUCGAUUUAGUUUAGGACACGCGAGAAUACUUUGGCAAACUCGCCUUUUGAUUUUUAGCCCAAAAUUUUGUUUACCAUUUGCCGGUGGCAAUUUUCGUUCUUUGUCAAACUGCAACUAGUUGUGUUGAAAUGUCUCAAGUUACCUUUUCCAGAAUUAUUUUUAAUUAAAUUUUCAACUCCCCAAGAAAGUGAAAACUCACAGUUUCCGAAACGACCAUUAGCUGACGCAUUAAAUCCAAGCAAAAAUCACCAUUUUCAUUUUACUUUCAUUGAAUUAAAAACUGAUUUGCCCGUUUAAUAAAAUGUUUGAAACGUCAUAUUUAAAUUGGAUUCCAGCAUUGCUCACCCAGCGCGAUUUCAUAUUUAAUUAAGAUAAACAGAGGCCCGCUAAAUGCAACAUGUUUGUGAAGAGCUAUUACAAUCGAUUCUUAAGACUGGGAUAAUAAAGUUUUAACUUUCAAUACUCGAUGGCGAUUAUCAUCGUGGGAACUUCCAUUCUAGGAAAUAAGGGAAGGGGAAAAAAAGGGCAAUACAAUUCUGAUAAAAAAGGUUAAACUAAUGGAACCUCCCCUUUGGGGGUAACCUUGGCGUUUUUGGCCUUGGAAAAGAAAUUAAAGAAAUUUGAAAUAAAACCUGUUAGACGGCUGGAAAUGUAUCAUUUUGAAGAUGAUUUUAAUUAGCAACUUCAUCUCAAUUGACCACACCUUUUUGAGGUGUUAAAACCCCAUUUUCUACUUUUUCCCCUUCCAUUCGCUUUUAUUUUUCUUCUGGACUUUUGCUGAUAUCCGUUUUCCUAAUCCGCGAGUUUUUCAGUUCAAUUAACAAAAACUGACUAACUCUGUGCUUUCCUAAAUGAGAAUCUGCUAGGUGUCCUAUUUUUUAGAACACCCUUCUGCAAAACACCUUAGGCUUCAAACAUAAGGCUAUAUUUUAGGUAUACAAAUCUAAAUUCCGCUCUUUUUUUUCUUAAUCACGAAAUUGACACACAAACAUGUACUACUUUACUGGAAGCUUGAUAAUUUCUUACAGAUUCCUUGAUAUCUUUACGGUGGCGGAAUAUAUGAUUAACGACAAGGAACUUAACUUUGCAUCGUCUGGGCAGGACGAUGCAAAAUAUAAAUGAAUGACGAUGCAAAAUAUAAAUGAAGACUAAGAAAUUUAAACGAAACUAAAAAAAUGUUAACCAAGCAAAAUACACAGAAAAAUGGGAGCCUCAAGACGGGAAAACGUAAAAAUAACAACAAAUUGAAGACCACUCAGUGAUGGAUGAGUUCCAAAAGCCCACCAGAAAUAAAUGUAUGUCGAGUUAGAAAUAUUUGCCAUUGGUGGUAUCAAAAUUUUUCAACUCGAAGUACAAAAACUAGAGUCAUUCUUGCUCUAAUGGCUGUUUACACUUUAAAAUGAGGUUUUGAAAGUUAGAACGAUAAAAAUGGUCAAACUGUUAGCAAAUAGUGCUCAAUAAUAGCUCGCACCAUCAAUACAGGUCAGUCAUUUGACUUGCAUUCGCAUUAAGUGUGUGUAUAAAAUGUGAAUCUGAUUCUAUGAACACAUCUCCAUGCACACAAAAGCACAAGAAAAAGCACACACACAAAGCAGUGAUAGCUUUGGAAGCGCUCCUGUGUAGUAGCCCUAAAGUCUUAAAAUGAUUCCGAAAAAUCCCCUGAGCAUUCCACUGGAAAGAAAACAUUUCAGACAUUGCGUUUCACGACAUCUUACAGCAAAAAACGGAAUAAAUUGGUUUAAAUAUAUAUUAAAUAACACGGACAUUUCUUAGGCUGAAAACAUUAGCAUGUCACAUAUACACUAAUACUUAAGACCCAAGAAAUGAUAUUUUACAUCUCUUAAAAUUGAAAGGGUAUUUAUCAAAAAUCCGUGACGUUUUUUGGAGACCCUAUGGUUCCUAUCCAACUAAUGCUUUUUUAGCCUUUAAUCUAGGACUGAAAAUGAGAGCGAAACCUUCUUGUGUUUUAAAUAGCAAAUACUAAAUUUUUAGAGCUCACUGUUUGAUUCUUUACAAUUUAUUGGGCUUUUUUAGCCUCUAGACCAUAGCUGGGGGUGGAUUAAAUUCACAAUAAAAAAACAGGAUUGCCCUUAGUUACUAGAAUUUAGUAGGGGAAACUUAAAUUCUUGGCAAACAACCCCUUACAGCUAUUAUAUACUAUGCGUUUUUUUGCAUUUGCCAAUAUAUCUAUUGGCUUCAUGAGUUUAGAAAAUAAUAAUAAUAAUAAUAAUAAUGGUUAGGUACGUAAUAACAAAAGGUUGCUAGCUCUGUAUAUAUUCCAAAAAAUAACUAAAAAACACUUUGUGGCUGCAGUGGUUUAUUUUAGUGGAUGUUUUGUUAGUAACUCUCUCCACAAUUCUAUCUGCACUGAUUUUCAAAGCGAUAUUUCGUACCUUCUUGAUUGAAACAAUCAAUUUAAAUUGCAGAUUUUUCUCUUUUUUCUCAUUCCUUCCUUUUCUCAAUUUCAGAGCAAUCACAUUCUUGACUUAUCAAGUCCCGAAGAAAACAUCUGAAGGCAUUAAAUUCACGAUUUAUCUUUUGUUCUUUUUUUUUCAGCGCAAUGUUUUCUUCGUGCGGCGGCGUUUUCUUUGUACCAAGCGUGCUUUAUAGAUAAACUGGCUCGUUGCCACCAUUGUAUACCACCCUGUUUUACCAAUUCAGUUACAGAUUUAGUGUUAGAUUUCUAAAGCUAUGCAUCUCUAGGAGGCAUUUCUCAACAAACUUGAUUUUUGUCCUUAAUAACGUGACCUUGCUCUGACAAGAACUUGGAAACAGUCUUUUACAUAAUUGCCAGUAAGUCUGAUAAACCUUCUGAUUUUUAUUGAAUCUGGCAGAACUGAAAAAAAAAAUCAUCUUUAUACAAAAUUUAUGACGGCUCCUGUCUUUGUUGAAUAUGUAAUAUUAAGCACGAUUGUUGGUGAUGUUUUUCGAAAACUAAACGUGAUUAUGAAAGUCUACAAAGAGUUACUUUUCCUGGGAGAUUUUAAAACAAGUCUGCCGUUCUAACCUACCGAAUUGGGCUGAUAACGUAAUGGCUUUCAAUAUAAGGCUUCUUUAAUGUCACGCCUACGACACAAAAACUACAAUAAAUAGAUUGAUAACUUUCAGCGUAAUUAGGCAUCGAUGGAAAAGAAAACGUUCAUCGGAAUUUUAAUUUCAAAAUAACUUGAAUCGUGGUGAAAUGCUAAUCUGAGCUAACCUGAAACUCUCUGUGCUGAGUGAUUUUCAGGAGAUUUUCACGAUUUGCUGAAUACAGUUUAAAUUUGCAAACAAACAUCAUAGGACAAUUUUUUAAUUCAUUUUAGCACCUGUUCUCGUUUUAACUGUGUACAUGCUUAAAUGCAUCCGGUAAAAGACUCAAAAUCUAAAAAGGCACUUUGUUGCCAAUUUUUAGUUUAAAAUUUAUUGUGUUGACAGGUUACAGUUCUUUUAUUUUAAUGAUUUUUAUUUUGUAGUUUCUCAAUAGAAACCACACUGAUUUCGGCUCCUGACUGCACGAAAAGAGAAUUAUUAACUUGAAACCUGUCGGUUCUGUUUGUCAAGAAAUCAUCCCGAACAUACCGAAGUUUUACGUUUAAUUAACAGCUUCGAACUUCAUCACGGUUCAAGUGGGUCCUCAUAGUCAGCAGGCAAUUGAACGAAAGUAUUAAAAGAAAAAAAAAAGACUAAAUUUCUGCUUUGAGUCAGCAUGUUGCUUCUUAAAAAUAGUCUGAUUCUCUAGUUAAGUUAAAUUUAUGAUUAAACAUUCUAAUAAAAUAUUUUGUACUCGUGAAAAAUUAGACUCAGAUCUUAUACAUAAAAUUUCGAGAAGAGUUCAAAGAACUUCAAUAAAUGAAAUGUUUUUUAAGAAUUGCAAAUCUCCACCUGGUUUACAGAUGCCUGUUAGAACCCAAAGAGUUAACCGAGAGAUCUUUGUGGAAUUGCCAUCAAAGACGUGAUGUUUUUUGCCCUUGGUUUUAGAAACCCGUCUGGAAAGUUUUCCCUGAGUGUAUUAUACCAAAAUACAAUUGAAUGAAUGAGGACUGGCGUAGUCAUCUUAAUUGUCAGGAGGCGUGGAAGCUUUUUUAAUGCAACAUUUCUAAGGGCAAAACUACUUUGAAUGAAAAGAAAUGUACCAAAAACUUCUUAAAGCUGAGAACUGAAAGAAUUUGCAAAAGAAACGUUUUCAAAUUUUAAAACUGUUAAUCACAUUUAUCUUACGUAGAAGGACCAAAAAUCGGGAAAAAUUUUCCAUCAUAGAGACUACAUCAGCCCUUAUCAGUUAUUUGUCUUGGGUAACCAUGUUCCUCCAGGUUUCUCGUUAUCUGGAUUUCGGAAGACCAAGGCCACGCAUAUAUCCUCGUGGAUUUCUAAAUUGCUUGCCAAACACACGGACUAAAUUAUGUGGAUAAUGAUCAUACAUUGGUUUAAGGAGAGCCAGAUAAUUUUGCCUUCAUCAGUGGGACUAUAUACAUGAAGCGAAAAAAAAAAACGUAAAAUACACGGAUUUCUUUGGAAAAACGCGCAAAUUUAGGAAAGUUGUAGAUCUGCCAAGUUUACAACACCCUAGAAAUGAACAACUCCGGCAAUAUUGCUUCCUCAUUGAGAUUUUCAAGAGAUCGUGCUAAUGAGUAGCACGUCGAUCUUAAGUAAGAUUUUAAGUUUUCGAAUGGUAAACCCGAUGAAACUGAGCCCAAAACCGAAGCAGAGGCUACUAAUGGAUACACCGGCCCUACAAGCAAAUAAUUUUGCAAGUAAAGUUUCGAAUUCACAUUUUCGAUGAAUAGCUGUUCUCAAGCUUUUAAAACAACAACGGACUGUCAAACGUUUUCGUCCUACCCAAUCACGUGAAAGCAUAUUUGCGUAACAUCUCUGUUAAAUCUAUGUAACCACACCCUAGGUUUCUAUUGUUUUAUCAAAUAGAACAUAACUGCGUUAUUUUAGUUCAAUUUUGUGUAGCUCAACGAUGCCGAAAUCAUUUCUCAUAAAGCCAUGUGUAUCAUCAAUUAAGUUAGAAAUCGAUGGUGGACAUAGGAAGAAAAAAAUCGGUACGUUUAAAUAUGUUUUGCUCUUACAAUUCAAAUAUUUGUGCUAGAAAAGAGCACUUAAAACUUACUCUAGUGGAUAAAAUCCAAGCAAAGCCUAAAUGAAAAUAUUUACAUUAGAUUUAGUACAAGAAUAUCACCGAAAAAGAGAUCUCUCUGCUAAUAACGUAUUCAAGUUUAUCACUUCAAUAAGAAAAGAUUUCAAGGAAGAUUAACUAGACAGUCGCAUCUUCACGGACUUUACCGACUCUUUUAAAGGCAUUUUAAUUCUGAUGCUUUAUUUCAAAUAUUGAUUCAGUUAAACAGAGCCAUUUUAUAUGAGAACGAUUUAAAAGAAGACAGGAGAAUUUUAGACGAAUUCGCAAGUAUUCGAAAAAGCUAUGCAUGCUUAACUUACCAAUCAUCAUCUUUUGAAACACUGCAAAGUCAUUUUAUGCAAAGUUCAAAUUCGUGAAUUACUAUGGCAAUCCAGGUGGUCGAUUGACUUGAUUUUCAUAUGGACUUCAGAGUUUCUCCAGGUGUAAAAUUUUUUAUUCAAUUAUCCUCGUUUUGCUACAUUUUAUGAAAGGAAAGGUUGAGUACGUAAUUUACGACAACAGGUUUUCUCUAAAGAAUAAUUAAACUUACCAGCCAUUAUUAAUUCUAAAAACUGAUGGGACAGAGAUUAAAAUGUGUUUAGUUUCUAUUGUUGUGAAUUUUAAAAUGGAGAAAUUUUAUCCCAGAUGUAGGCAGCUCUAUGGAAUUGGAAACAACGUUUUGGAUAAGCAAGCCAAUUGUUUUUCUGGGGUUGAUGCAAGAUUGCCCAGUCUGAGCCGUUCACUAAAGAACCAUACUGACGUACGAAAAUUGCUAUAUAGAUAGGUAUACAGUCAACAUUUCCGUCCAAUUAACAACAGUGGAAAAGAAACUUUUAAACGCAAAAGAGCUGUUAGUUUUAAUUUGCUUUUAAUCAUUUCGUUUAGUAUUUAUGUUAUCAGCCUUCGAACUAUAGAAUAAACUCUAAGCUCGUAAAGAAAGCUAUCUAAAUCACAAUUAUUAUCCACAACCUUGGUGGUUAGGUUAUUGAAGACGUGUUCCUCAUAUUUCAGUAAAUGUUUCUGCCAGGAAUAAAAGCUUGGAAUUAUUACAUACCUUUUUGACGAGCAUAUCGAUCCUAUUGACGCCAAACAAGGCCUUUUAAAUCCAACUGAUGAUUUCAUUUUGAAAAACGAGUGAAGGCUCGAUUUAAACUUGAAACACAUACUUAUUGUAUUCAUUUGUCCGCGCCGAGAUAAAUCAUUCGGCCAUAGUUUUCACCCGUGAUUUAGGCUGAGUUUGAACACCAGAAAUCUGAAAUGAAUCUUACAAUUAUUAGUUUCGUAUCCGUCAGCAUCGCUGACAGAAUUCUUUUCAAAGAUAAGUGGUACCUGUUAAUGGGGGCGAACCAGAGUGUUGAGGGAACGGGUGAACGAAUACACGAAUUCCUGACAAAUACUGAGGCGUUAUGUUACAGAUAUAUAAUUUUUAAGGUUUAGUGAGAGUUUUGAAUAAACGGAUGAACGAAUACAUGUCCUCCUAACAAAUACAGGAGUUAUAUUACAGAUAUGCAUAUAUUGUUUAAGGUUUAGUGGCUAUGAAGUAAAAAAAUACGGCAAAGAAGAGAUACCAGAUUUUGACUGACUUCGCUGUAAAGUUCUAAUUAUUAUCAGAUUUCUUUUAGCUAAUAGUUAUAUUCUGGGAGUUGGACGCAGUAUUCAGUUAAAGAUGACUUUUGAAAAGGGUUUUGAAUUUAUUUCCUGUUUUUCACUGCGCAAUUCAUCUUUUGUGGGAUACCUCAUACAUUUUGGAAGAAGGAGAAUUCUAACACCAGAAAACUCAGAUAAAAUUCUGAACUCCAGGUGAGAAUCGAACUCACAACCAUCCGAGUUCUACUGAUGCUCCAACUACUGAGCUAGUGGAGGCUCUAAGGCGAGCAGGGUCGAAAUUUGAUUAUAAAUAACAACCCGACACCAGUCAUACUUCAAAAUGGCGUCAAUUAGUACUAAUCACGCAUGCGUUACUUGUUCCAGCCUUCAGAGCCUAGAUUCAAAACAUAAACAAAACUCGUGCGUGACUCCAGUGCACCAAAGUUCUCGUGUCGGAAUACUUCAAAAGGAUUAAAGUUAACGCGAUUCAAACUAUCUUGCUUCAUUUCCUAACGCUUGCCAAAAACCAUAAAUUACAAUGACGCAUUCUUUUUCUCCUGUACUCUGACAAUUGCUCUUAAAUAUCAAUGAUAACCGGCCUUAAAAUUAUUUCGAACCUGCAACGAUUUUCUGUAAUAAAUACCGAUCCUCAAAUGCUGACAUAACAAUGGCAAUUGAUCAAUCAUUUUUUGAGUGUGAGUCCCAGUAACAUGUAGUUUAUGCUGUGGUCUAUUCUCUGAAGAAAUCUUUGGACAAAGUCUUUACACUUAAUGACUUAUCCACCUCAGACUUGAAAUCAAAUGCAGUCAUAGUGUUUUAACAAGAAUCGGCAUCUUAUCCUAAAAGACUUUGAAUUUUAUUUUAAUGCAGUCGGCCGCAAAAUGAGAAAAGAAUUAUCGUUUUAGUUAAAUAUACACCGCUAGAAAAAUUAGUAACCAAGACUGGUCGUGGGGGACUGAACUGCAUCUAUGCUGUUCGGUAUCUAUGAGCUAGCAACAACAAGAGCUGCUUCAGAUUAGCUUUUCACGUGUGUUCAAGUUUUAUCACAGAAACCGGUAUGUUAAAGCUACACCCUGUGACUUCAAGGUAGACGACUGAGUGAUCCAGGUUAUAACUUUGGAUAGCGUUAUUCAUUGGAUAAAUAACCAUCCUGCGGAAAAUUAUUAGAGGAGCAAAUUGCUUUAUCCACUGUUUUUUGUCUGAGUGGAUGGCACUAUCCGACAUUUCAACAACCGGAGCUUGGUGAUAAGACAAUCUUUGAAUUCUCGUGUAACAAGUCGCGUUUCGGAUUGAGGGAACUCCGCGUGGAUGACACCCCUUGUGCCCACUUCGUUGCUCCGAUUUCAUUUCCCCGGCCUCCGGGCUCAAAAACUAACAACCUCGUUCCCAGGGUUCUCUCGUACCCGCCGCUCCGUAAGGUGGGUAGGAGAGAACCCUGGGAACGAGGUUGAAAAACUAACAUAUUCAAUUCAAUCCGUGAUGUUAGAGGAAGAACCACUACAUCUACAACUACAUCGUUUUUACUUAUCGAAUUGUCAUUUAUUUAAUUACUCUAGAUCUCCAAUUUUAAAGUCUGAAUGUUUCUCCUUUACUGUAGAUGAAAGUGAUAGCAAUGAACAUGGGCAGGAUUUGGAGCACAACAACGUCGCCAACUAUGAGUCGUUUACAGCAACAGACAUAAAGAAUGCAUCACAAGAUAGAUGGCCUUUUGCUUCAACUGGUAUGAUUUCUUGCAUAAUAAUAAAAAGAUGGUAAAGGUUUAACCUUGGAAGGCGAACGAUCUAUUAUAAAUUAAUGAUAAAAAUAAUUCCAUUCUUCUGACCCUCGGCAGUAUGAAUAUCACUAAUGCUAAUGGGCCCGAGCCAAUGCCGUCUGAAACAAAUCAAUCUUUAAAUCAAACUUAACAGGGUUAACAAUCCCAGCUGGCCGAAGGCAAACAAGCUGGCUAGUUACAAGCGUAGUAGAGGAUUUGAACUCGGGACUGCCAUGAACAAAUCCAGGUAGCAGUUAGAGAGGGACUUGAACUCGAGGCCUCCGAAUCCCUGAAAGUCCCGUGCUCUAACCACUCGGUAACGCUGCCCCCUAGGUUUUUCAUUCCCACGCUUCUGAUGUAAAAUUAAGGCCAUGGGUGCUAUUUUCACACCAUACCGGAUAGUUUUUCAUGACGAAACGAACACUUAUCCCAUACGUGACUCUCUGCUUUAGAGAUCAACGAGGUGCAGCCUCGCUCCGUUAAGAAUCGCGCCGAAAUCACCGUUCUUAUGCGUGAACAGGAGCUCUAUCCAGCAUGGUUUCCUGCCGGCGCAAAAGCUAUCCGAUAUAAUGUGAACAUAGCCUUAUUGUCUAAUUGAAAAUAAAAAACCGUGAAAGCAGCAGUCACUAAGAAUCAUUAAUACGGUAACUGAUUAACAUUAGUACUUCAAUAGCAGAUAAUGAGAAGCUCGGGGGGGAAACCUUAAUGGAUAUUAGCAUUAUUGUGAAACUGAUUAAAAACAGAGAACACUUAGAAAUCUCAAGUAUUCUCUUAAAGCCAAAUUAAUCUAAAGUUUCUAUUUGGAAUUUUAGAUCUGGCAUUACCGAAUCCAGUCGACCAAGGGCUGCGAUAUCUACCAGCUCCACCGUCUCCUGUAGAGCAGCAACGUUCUUUCUGGAAAGCACCUACUUUUCCUCUCUGGAAUUGCCUUCAACAACCCCACAGCGGAGCAGAAUCCUUUGCGCGCUGGAUGCGCCAGUGGGCGGAGAUGAGGCGCCUUCAAAAUAAUUCCCCAUUUAGCCUGCCAGGGGCGUAUCGAUUAUACAAUGUAAUAAUUCCGCAAGGAGAAAGACCUGCCAGCCGAAAAACUCAGUCUGAUGAAGAGUUUCAAACAGAAAAUGAUGAAGAAAACAUAGAAGGUCUGAGAAAUGAGCGUAAGGCAAGGGGAGCGAAACAACUCUAUAACUGUCAGAUUUGUGAUAAAGUUUUUAAUAAUUCCAUCAGCUUGAAGCAACACAUGAUAGUACACUCAAACAAGAAACCAUUCCAAUGCAAGGCGUGUGGAAAGAGCUUCAAGCGAUCCUCCACUCUGUCUACGCACAUGUUAAUUCAUUCCGACACGCGUCCUUUCGAGUGUCAGUUUUGCAGCAAGAGAUUCCAUCAGAAGUCCGAUAUGAAGAAACACACUUACAUUCACACAGGGGAAAAGCCUCAUCAGUGUAGCUUUUGUGGCAAGUCGUUCAGCCAGUCAUCCAAUCUAAUCACGCACUGCCGUAAGCAUAAGGGGUUCAAGCCAUUCUCGUGUGAAGACUGCGGAAUAUCGUUUAUGCGGAAAGUGGAUUUAAGGAGACAUAGAUAUACACAUGAGACAUUCGAGUAGGUUCUUUGGGCUCUGUCCACAUGAAUCAGGACAUUUGGAAAUAGCCUAUUUUUAAGCCGGAUCCGUAUGGACGAAACCGCAAACCACUCUGGAGAUCUGUUUACAAAAGAUGCCCACUCUUGUGGACGAAACCUUAAAAAGUCCUUUGAAAAAAUUCUCAUCAUGAAUACUUUUUAUGUACGGCUCAGCCUCACCUGGGCGCUAUUAUUCCAAGGCCCAUUGUUGAAAUAUCGCGAAGGAACUCAGAAUUCGUGCGGGAAAACUAAAGGCGCUUUCCAAAAGUCAAAACUGGCCGGCUGGACCAUGGCUAGACCCACCAGA